AUGGGUGAUUUUCUGUACUCCAGCUCUGUUCUUGCGAACGAGUCGUGCGUGGCUAAUCCGUCGCUGCUCGACACGCUCAGCAUCAAUAAUUUGCUGAAUAUCAAGCAUUUGGCGGGUGCGUCUGGACCCGACCUUGCCGGCACGGGCAUUACGGACAGCUUGGGCACGAUCGGCGAGUCUUCUUCCUCGUCGUCCUCGGUGUCAAUGGGAGAGCGCACCAAGGCCAACGGUAUCGGUGGCACCGGUUCCAAAAUGUCUGCUAGCGGUGGAUCGCCGGGUUCGCUGUCACUAGGUGUUGCCACGGGUGGUUCUAGUGCGUCCGAGUGCGUAGAUGGACCAGGAGGUCUGCUGAUGGCAUCGAGCGUUGCCGCUUCCAGCUGUGGCGUGGGAGGUCUUUCUUCAGUGUCUAACAUCAUCACAACGGCCAUGUCGUCGGAUGGAUGCUCAUUGUCAUCUGUGUCGGCCGCACGCGAACUUUCCAUGGCACUAAGCUCGGCAGCAGCAGCCGGAAGCGUCGGUGAGGCGACGGUGACUUCAUCGUUACUGAAUGGUGGCAGCAUUACAUCGCCCUCGAUAGUUAACCUUGGCGGGCACAGUGGUGUAACUGGGAUGUUAAAUAAUACCGGCAAUAGCUCCAACGGUAACCACAACGGUACAGGCCACAACCACAGCAAUAAUAGAGGCAGCAGUGCUAGCAGCAUCAACAGCAGUGGUACGAAUUGCGUGAACGGGAAUGCUGGUGGAAAUCAAAACAGCGCCAACAACAAUCUGCUCCUGGACAGCGGAACCGAUCAGCUGCAGCUGCAGUCUGUAGCCGAAGAGCUCAGCCUUAAGGCGACCGAUUUGAGCUGCCUCGGUGUUACGUCCAACCUAAUGAAUGGAUCAUCGCACAUUGGUUCCUGCCUAGCUCCCAGCGGGCUCGGUUUCGGCACUUCUCCAGACCAUUCCAGUCCAUGGUCAACGGGCCCGGAUGAAACAACGUCCGGACAGGGCAGUGCCGGUGGUGCUCACCUUUCAAUGAAUGGAUUGGGAGCGUUCCAGAAUUUCUCGAGCAAUCUCUACAGUGGUGCCGUCGUGGCGGCUGCUGCAGCAGCUGCAGCCGCAGCUGCUCAACAGCAACAACAGCAGCAGCAACAACAACAGCAACAGCAGCAACAACAUCAACAACAGCGCCGUGCCAUAACAGCGUCCCAUGGCGGUUUCCCCAGCCAUCAUCAUGGUAUCUCGCCCAACGGUUUAUCCGUGCAUGGUAAUGCAAUGCUGCAGCAACAGCAACAACAGCAGCAACAACAACAACAGCAACAAAACCAGUAUAAAAACUCGUACCCUUCGUGGUCCAAUCCGGGACCAUGGUCACAGCAACAGUCCACCCAACAGCAGCAACAGCAGCAACAACAACAGCAGCAUCAUCAGCAGCAAGUGCAUCAGCAUCAGCAGCAGCAAAGUUCGCUAUCCUCCUGGAACCGUGGACGUUCCGUGUCGAGCCUCAAUCCAUCCGGGCUCGGCCCGAACGGGUUACACUCGCGCAAGCCGCCACAUCAGUCCGGCAAUCAAUCCCUCUCGCCGUACGGUAUCGGUAACAGCAGCCACCUGCAACAAUCCCACCAUCACCAGCAGCAACAUGCGCACCAGCAACAAGGCAUGCAACAUCAACAUCAUCAGCAGCAGCAGCUCCAUCACCACCCGUCGCAUCAUCAGUCGAACGCACUGCAGCCGUUACAAUCGAACCUUGCCAACUCGCCAUCGCGCUACAGGCGCAGCACUUCGUCUAUUCCAUUCCCGAACAAAUCGUCCCUCAGUAUAUCUGUCACGGGUACUGUUGGUGGUGGUGGUGGUGUAGGAGGCAGUGGGGUUGUUGGUGGCGGUGGCAGUGUAGGAGGCAUUGGUUCCGGUGGUUUUCCUGGGCCACUCGACGUAGUAUCGGGUAUCGAUGAGAAUCGUGAUCCAUUCCUUUCAUCGUAUCAGGACCGCACCGGACUGAGCAAUGGUUUGGACAUGCGCUCGCUGGAGCACUGUCUGAGCGACAUCAUGCGAAACGUAGGCGAGGCAUCGCAGCCGGAUCAUCUGAAAGGUUUUCUUAACUGCAACACCAACACCCUGCAAUCGCUGGCGCAGCUACACGGAAAACUCGAUUUCCAUGAAUUCAUCCCAGGCAAACCAUUCUUCGCCGGGCUGGACGAACAUCUAAACGAUGAAGAUGGUAGCGGUGGCGGUGGUUUUAUCGGGGCCAACCAAUUGCAGCUGAACUCGCCGGCUAGAUCUUCGCCACACUCCAACGGAUCGGAAACGACCGAACGAUUCUCGCGGAAAGUGUUUGUCGGCGGUCUGCCACCGGAUAUCGAUGAAGAGGAAAUAACCACAUCAUUUAACCAGUAUGGGGAUCUCAUCGUUGAUUGGCCACAUAAAGCUGAAUCGAAAUCGUACUUUCCUCCUAAGGGAUAUGCGUUUCUGCUUUUCCAAGAAGAACGCGGUGUUCAAAAGCUGAUCGAAACGUGCGUCCCGGAUGACGACAAGCUCUACAUCACUGUCUCAUCACCGACGAUCAAAAACAAAGCGGUUCAAAUCCGUCCAUGGCGACUGGCGGAUGCCGAUUUUGUGCUGGAUGCUUCAAUGCCACUCGACCCACGGAAGACCGUCUUUGUGGGUGGUGUUCCGAGACCAUUGAAAGCUUAUGAAUUAGCCAUGAUAAUGGACCGCUUGUAUGGUGGUGUAUGUUACGCAGGCAUUGAUACAGAUCCUGAGUUGAAAUAUCCCAAGGGCGCAGGACGUGUGGCGUUUUCAAAUCAGCAAAGCUACAUUGCUGCCAUCUCAGCUCGUUUCGUCCAGCUGCAGCAUGGCGAUAUAGAUAAACGUGUCGAGGUGAAACCUUACGUUUUGGACGAUCAAAUGUGUGACGAGUGCCAUGGCCAGCGUUGUGGAGGAAAAUUUGCACCUUUCUUCUGCGCCAACGUCACUUGUCUUCAGUAUUAUUGUGAACAGUGUUGGGGUUUGAUUCACUCGCGCGAAGGCCGCGAGUACCACAAGCCCCUCGUUAAGGAAGGAGCAGACCGGCCAAGGGCAGUGCCCUUUCGUUGGUGUUAA